AUGAUCGAUCAAAAGCACUGUGCACAAUUACCUUUUGGGAACCUUGAGGAUGAUUUUCAAAGAGGAGUUCAAACGUACUUUGUGUUUGAUUUCGACCAAGUGCGUCGUAGAGAACUUCAAUUCACAUUUUGUCAGGCUCAUUUUAAGCCAGACCGAAUACCCCUGUGGAGAUCGUGUGGAAGGCACUAUUGUGGACCGUUGUCUUUCGGCACUCCAACACAACAAUUCAAAAUGCUGUUCGACACCGGCUCCUGUAGCACAUGGGUUCGAUCAGUCGAUUCGGAGACAGAGUUCACAGACCAAGCCUAUGACCACGAGAGCUCCGAAUCCGCUGAAGUCGAGGAGGAUUAUCAGACGAUGGAAUAUGCGAAUUGUCGCAUUACUGGAAUCGUUGUGAACGAUGUUGUGAAGUUGGGAAAUCAGAACAUACAUAUCAGCUUUGCCAACGGGGUCGAACUAUCUCAGUCCUGUCCACCGAUAAUGAGGUUCGACGGGAUAGUUGGUCUUUGUGCGGUCCCGGGGAAAGCGUCGUUUCUCAAUCAGUUAUUCGAAGCGGAGAUCAUAGACGAGCGUAUAUUUUCCAUAUGGAUCAAUCCAGUUCGCAUUGAUGACGGAGAGAGCGAGGCGUCGUCCUAUCUCGUGGCUGUGGAUAGCGGCGCCACGAAAAUCUGGGUUCCAAAAAGCGUACUCAGUAAGAUCAACCACGUACUUCAACCGAUUGGGUUCGACGGCAGAUUCUACUUGGUCGAUUGUUCAAACAUUCCCAAGAAACCGAUCGUUCACUUUGAGGUUGGCGAGUUCACGUUAUCUAUGGAGCCGAGGUACUACAUUAGAUCGGUACCCUUUGACCACAAUAAUUGCCGGAUAAAGGUUGACCUUCUGGAUUCUGGCCUCAUCCGGAAUCGGAUGGAUCGACUUUUUGUUGGCAUGAGUUCACUGCAACCAAAUCAUAAGGCUGCCAUUUUCGCACGACUCGAAAUUGGUGUUCUGUGGGCACCUUCUCUUAUCGUUGUACCUCUGCUGUUCACGGCGUUGAUGGAUCUCGCAUUGUUUCAGACCAACAAUCUCAAGGUUGACGUCGUCGACGAUUUGACAGUUGGUGACACGGGUUGA